GCGUUUGGCAAUUCUUUGUGUGCGCGUAAAAAAUGGUGAUUGUUUGUUUGUAAUCGGUUGUGUCCGUAGCGGUGUUUCGUAAAUUUUAAUUUAUAAUGCUUUUGUCUUUAACGUGCUUACCUGAUAUACAAAUGAGAGAAAAGAGGAGUUUAAAAUAAUGGGAUAUUUUUGCUUUUUUAUUCUUAUUUCUUUAUUAAUAAUAUGUUGCAAUGCUUCUCAACUACUUUUUGCCAAUAGAAGGGACAUUCGUCUCAUUGAUUUAGAGUCACGUCGGAAAAAUUCUUCACAUAUUCUCAUAAAUAAUCUUGAAGAUGCAACUGCUCUUGAUUUUUACUACACUGAUGAAACCAUUUUCUGGGCUGACGUUGGAAUGGAAGAAAUUAAAAGUAUGCCUAUCAACAAUUCUAAGGCUGUUAAGAAUAUCAUAUAUACUGGCUUAAUGUCUCCUGAUGGUUUAGCAUGUGAUUGGUUGGGGAAGAAAUUGUACUGGACUGAUACGGAAACGAAUCGAAUUGAAGUUAGCAAUUUUGAUGGCAGCCAUAGAAAAGUUCUGUUUUGGCGAGAUUUGGAUCAGCCAAGAUCACUUGUUCUUGCUCCCAUGGAUGGGUGGAUGUUUUGGACUGAUUGGGGAGAAUCACCUAAAAUUGAAAAAGCUAGUAUGGAUGGUAAUCAAACUACCAGAAAAGUAAUAGUGAGCACUAACAUAUUUUGGCCAAAUGGUAUUGCUGCUGAUUAUGAUACAAAAAGAAUAUAUUGGGCUGAUGCGAAACUGAAAUUGAUAUCAAGCAUGGAUUUUGAAGGCAAUAACAGACAAGUUAUUACAAAGGUGGAUGUACCACAUCCGUAUGCUUUAGCUGUUCACCGAGACAUGCUUUAUUGGACUGACUGGAGCACAAGGGCUGUACAUGGAUGCAACAGAUUAACUGGAUGUGUGAAACGCACAACAUUUGGUGGAUUUUUAACUCCCAUGGGAAUCCAUGUUUAUCAUCGAGAUCGGCAACCGCUGGGUCCAACUCCAUGUGAUAAAGAUAAUGGUGGAUGCUCGCAUCUCUGUUUAUUGUCUUCCAUUAAACCUUUUUAUACUUGUGCAUGUCCUACUGGGGUUCGUUUGACUGAUGAUAAUAAAACUUGUUUAGAUGGCCCUCAAGAAUUGCUUUUGCUUGUGAGGAGAACAGAUUUACGAAGAAUUUCCUUAGAUACACCGGAUUACACUGAUGUUGUUUUAGAAUUGGAAAAUAUUAAACAUGCUAUUGCUGUAGAUUAUGAUCCAGUAGAAAAGCAUAUUUAUUGGACAGAUGAUGAGGCAAGAGCUAUUCGAAAGGCUUCUUUAAAUGGGACUGGUCAGACAGAUCUUAUAACUACAGAAGUUCACCUUCCUGAUGGAAUAGCUGUAGACUGGAUUGCACGUAAUAUGUACUGGACGGAUACUGGUACCGAUCGAAUUGAGGUUGCAAGGUUGAAUGGUUCCUCGAGGAAAAUUUUAAUAACUGAAAAUUUGGAUGAACCCAGAGCCAUUGUUCUUGAUCCUCCUGAAGGCUCAAUGUAUUGGACAGAUUGGGGUGUUAAACCCAAAAUAGAAAAAGCAGCACUAGAUGGAAGUCAAAGGAAAGUUCUAGUAAAUACAGGUUUAGGAUGGCCGAAUGGCUUGUCUUUGGAUUACAAAGAGAAAAAAUUAUAUUGGGGAGAUGCUAAAACUGACAAAAUUGAAGUUUCAAAUUUAGAUGGAAGUGAUCGUAGGGAAUUAGUUUCUGAUCACAUACCUCACAUUUUUGGCUUUACAUUGCUUGGAAAAUACAUAUAUUGGACAGAUUGGCAACGACGCUCUAUUGAACGUGUUGAUAAAGUGACAGGUGUGGUAAGAGAAAUUCUCAUAGAGCAACUUCCAGACCUUAUGGGUUUAAAAGCUGUUGCUGUAAAUGAAAUACAUG